GCUCUCGGGCUAGCAGGCUAGGGCGUUGCUAGCGGCACACUGUGGUAUUUCCCCCUCCCUCCUUUGCCUUCCCUCAACUUAUAUCCUGACAUAAAUGACGCCGAACGUCGGAGGGGAAAAGCGUGUGAGUGCGCCGGCUUGUUUUUAGCACCUUUUGGGACUCCUCUUCUUUUUGUUGUUGUUGAAAUACGUGGCCUGGGAAAGACGCGCUUGUUACUUUCUGUCCCGUUAGCUUUUGGGGCUAACGUUAGCUUCGCUUUUCCAUCCCCGGGCUGUGGAAACAUGGAGUCAAGGUGCUGAAAAAAACUCCUUUUUAUUUGGAUUUUUUUCCGCCCUUCGACGGACACUUUGUCGCUCAACAUAUUUAAAAACGAGGCGUGCUGUUUUUUCCACGACUUUGACAAGCACACGACGAAGUUUUUUUUUUUUUUCUUCUAACUGUUUUGUUAGCUUCCAGCUAACAAGAUUGGACAUUUCCAUUGAGGAUUCUCCUGCAAAUAUUUUUUUUCCGUCUAUUUUCCAUUUAAAACGCUAACCGUUUUUUUUUCUUCCUUUCCAAAAUACAUCAUUUUUUUUCCAGCAGACUGCGAACGGGAGAGGAGGGUGGCCCCCACUGGAGGAAUUUGCCGCAUCUCCCAGGGACGUCUAGUCACUCAUUCAAGCCGAACAGGGGUGCAGGCGGGCGGGCAGCUUCGCCCUGGAUUACCGCACGGAAAAAAAAAAAACUGGGAUGGGAAUUCAAGGACAUGCAAGUGUUGGGAAGGAUUAUCAUCUCCCUCAGGCCCUGAUUCAUUUUUAAGGAGCCCAAGCUGCUGCUACUACCCCCAAACAUAAGGAUAUUUACCAUUGACAGCUCUACUUUUAAAGAAUAUUUAUUUUUGACGUCGCGCCUCAUCGCACCCUGGAAAAUGUUAAUCGGAUAUAAAUCGCUGCAAAUCUAGAACCGGAAGCCCAAUGAGUGACACACAGUCCAGCUUCACUGACAGGUUUCCCAGGAAAGCAAACAGAACCAGCAGCAUUCUCAGCAGAGACCACCCCCCGGACAAGAAACCUAAAAGUGACAAAACCUCACUUCCCUCCAAUGAGUUUGACCCGACAGCAGACGCCCUGGUGGUGCAGAAGAGUGGCAGCAGCGGUGUGCUAGCAGAGGGGAAUCCUGAGUCCUGUGGUCUGGUCCAGCGAUGUGUAAUCAUCCCGAAAGACGAAAAUGGCUUCGGGCUCACAGUCAGCGGUGACAACCCUGUGUUUGUGCAGCUUGUCAAAGAAGAUGGGGCUGCAAUGCGGGCAGGUGUUCAGACCGGAGAUAGGAUCAUCAAGGUUAACGGGACUCUUGUUACACAUUCAAACCACAUUGAAGUGGUGAAGCUUAUCAAAUCGGGCUCCUAUGUGGCUCUCACCGUGCUGGGUCGCCCUCCGGGGCUCACCCAGAUCCCCCUGUCUGAAGCCGAGUCUGAAAUGCUGGGCGUUAGCAUUUCCUCCCCGAACUCUCCAGCAACAGAGCGCCCAUACAGCCCUCACGACCGCCUCGCUUCCACACAACCUCAUUGGGCAAUGAAGGAGGAGUAUGGCAGAAACCCCUCCCCCAAACUACUGAAAGACAGCCAGGAAGCUAAGAAAUACAUUCCACAGCCGCAGGGUCAGCUCCUCACGUCCACUGGCGCAACUCAGGAGGCUUCCCCAGGUGGAGAUGCAGAUGACGGUAGCAUGUUUGAGACUGAGCACACUCAUGCCUCGGUCGGGGACCGGAGUGCUGACUUGUCCUGGAGCAGCACCCCUAUAUCUUCGGGAUUGGGUCUGGGAUCCCCAGAGAGUUUCUGCCAGAGAGAAUUGUCCUACCCCAGCCCAAAGAGCACACCAAGGAACAGCUUCAACUCCUGCCACUCCCCGGAGACAGAGGAGGCCACUGACCAGGACUCCGUUUCUCCCACCACAGCCAGCAGUCCUGCCUCUCGCAUCGUCUCGCACAUCAUCGGCGCAGAGGACGAUUAUUUUGAUUCUGACCAUGAGCAGACAAAUGGCCAGUGUUACCGCUUCACCAGCAUCGAGCAGCUCAAGUCUCGGCCCGCCCACCUUGCAGCUUUCCUGCAUCACGUCAUAUCUCAGUUUGAUCCUGCCCCUGUGCUGUGCUAUCUCUACGCCGACUUCUUCAAGCAGACUAACUCCAAAGAGACCAGACGGGUGUUCAUGGACCUCCACACCUUCUUCAUUGAUCGUGGAGCACAUUUAAAAGUGGUUGUUCCCGAUUCCAUCUCCUCCGACCUUGAUCGGCGGCGGACAGAAUUGAUCCCAGAGGAAAUCAACCGUCAGCACGUUCAAACACUGCAGGACUCUUUGCUUCCGGACAUCCAGAAGAACCUGGAGGAUUUCAGACAAAAGCGCAGUAUGGGCCUCACUGUUGCUGAAGGGGAGCUGGCCAGACUGGACCAAGAACGUGUGAGAGAUCGUGUCACUCUCGAGCGUGAACGCUCCUAUGCUGAAAAUAUCAUCACCAAAAUAGAAGACAUCCUGGUGACUGCCCAGACAACAGAAGAAGAGAAGUGCACGACUAUGCAGUAUGUCAUCUAUACAUACAUGAAGCACCUUGGUGUGAGGGUCAAAGAACCUCGCAGUCUGGAGUCAAAACGGGUCCGGAUCAACUUCCUUCCUAAGAUUAAGAAAAGCAUCAAGACAGACAAGGAAGGCGAAGAGAAGGUGAAGAAGCCCAGGUUUCCCAGUAUCCUUGGACCUCAACGUAGGCCGAGCCGCAUUGAAGCAGCAUCCGUGGGCAAAGCCCUAGAUGGUCGUCCCAAGCCUCAGAAACAGUUGUCGCAGCCUAGUUUGGGGGCCAGCGAGCACACAGAUGGGGGUCGUUUAAGGGCCAGCCAAUCCAGUGAGGGCUCUGAGCUCACACACCAGACAUCUGUCACCACCUCAUCCCCGAGCAGCACCACCUUCAGCUCGGACGGUAGCCGAGACGCAGAUGGAGGCGGGACUCCAACUUCAGGCUCCUCCAGGCUGAGUGAGGGUCUUCAGUCUGACCCCCUUGAUGGGUUGUCAUACCCCGCAUCGCACUUUGACCUUUACAACCUCGACCAACUACAAGAGGACGAGAGAGAAAGUGACAGAACCCACGAGGGAACGCCAAAGGCCAUCAGAAGGCUGGAGGGAUUGGGGGCUGCCGACGUUCAAAGCGAGGACGACCAGGGAACAGACUCGGAUCAUGACCCCCUCAACUGGCAGCAGCUGGUGGGACGUGAGGUUCUGGCGGGUCUCAGGCCUCACGAAAUUAAGAGACAGGAGGUUAUAAAUGAGCUGUAUUACACGGAGCGUGCACACGUGCGGAUGCUGAGGGUUUUAGAUCACGUCUUCUAUCAGAAGCUCUCCAAAGAGGCCAUCCUGCCCCCCGCAGACCUCAAGAACAUCUUCACCAACUUGGAGGAGAUUCUACAACUGCAUGUUUCAAUUCGUGAGAAAAUGGCAGCCGUUCGGAAGAGAAAUGAGUCUUCAGUAAUUGAUCAGAUUGGAGAUGACUUGCUCUCCUGGUUCAGCGGCGGAGAGGAGGAGAAGAUCAAGCAGGCCGUGGGUACAUUUUGCAGCAAUCAGCCGUUCGCUCUGGAGAUCAUCAAGACCAAGCAAAAGAAAGACUCGCGCUUUAUUUCGUUCAUCCAGGAGGCGCAGAGCAACCGAUUGUGCCGACGGCUCCAGUUGAAAGACUUCAUUCCUGUGGAGAUGCUGAGGUUCACCAAGUAUCCACUGCUGCUGGACAACAUCUCCAAAUACACAGAUGAUGCAGUGGAGAAGAGCAAAGUGAAGCAGGCAGCAGACUGCUGUAGAAAGAUCCUCAAUCAUGUAAACCAGGCGGUAAAGGAGUCCGAAGACAAGCAGCGGCUGGAGGACUAUCAAAGGCGACUGGACCUGUCUUCUCUUAAGCAGACAGACAACCCAAUGAUCCUGGAGUUAAAGAACCUGGAUCUAACCAAGAAAACCAUGGUGCACGAGGGCCCGCUGUCUUGGAAAGUGAACAAGGACAAGACUAUUGAGCUCUACACUCUCCUCCUGGAGGACAUCCUGGUUCUGCUCCAGAAACAAGACGAGCGACUCAUCCUCAAGUGCCACAGCAAGAACUUGGCGGGCACCGCUGACACCAAGCACAUCUUCAGUCCCAUUAUUAAGCUUAACACCGUGUUGGUGCGCUCCGUGGCCACAGACAACAAGUCCUUCUUCGUGCUGUCCAUGUCCGACAAUGGUGCGCAGAUCUACGAGCUGAUGGCUUCUACAGUGUCAGACCAGAGAAUGUGGCAGAACUUGAUCACUCAGAGAGCCGAUGCCAUGAAAGUCAAACCUCACAGCGUCAUACCUCUACCACAGACCGACGGUGAGAGAGAUGGCGUGGAGAUCAUCACAGCUGGCGUCUCCAGACUGAGUAAAGACUCAGACCGCACAUCCACCGGCAGCACUCAGUCCACAGAUAAAGAAGCCAGUCCAGCUACGAGGGGCGUGACGCCAAGUCCUCUCCCCGUGAAUAAUAACCCCUUUGAGGUGGCGAAGGCAGAUGGAGCUGCAGAGGAGGAGGGGGGAGGUGUUAUGGACCCUGAGCUGCCAUACCAGGGGGCUGGAGAUGGCGGAAGAGAUUCCUUUAAUGUCUUUCCCUCCAGAGCAGAUGAAGCACUAAAAACAUUGUCGUCGUUAAAGCAGGUGUUGGUGACGCAGCUCAUGUCGCAGGAGGCUAUUGAGCAAACCAAACGCUCGACUGGGGCCCGCCUCCUCAGGACCACCUCGUUAAGAACCCCACAACGGGGUCCCGAGGUCCACAAUGGCUCGGAGAGGAUCAUCUCCCAAACCGAGGACCCGGCCCAGGACUUGGGCUCGGGGGACACCGGCUUCUUCGAGUCCCCCGAAGAUUACGCAGGAUUUUUAGUCCUGGAAGAAUACGGCGGGCCAGGUGAGAGCAGCACCGAUGACGACAUGCUGGCGUCACCCGCCGGGAAGCAGCUGAGCGCGUCGCAACGCUGCGCCGCCGACUCGGGCAUCAAUCUGAGGUUCUCCGCUGCGUCGCACGCCGGCAGCCUGUCCACUUUUAGCAGGCAAGUCCUGUCUUACCUGAGGAACCUGCAGGCCAACCUCAACCAUCUGAAGGAGGUGGAAGCCAAGUACAAUAAUCUUCUACAUCAGAGGUCAACCACGCACUCAGAUGGAAAUAAAGAUAAGAGAUAAUGGACAUCUACGAUGCACCUUCUGGCUUUGGGGGAAGAGGCACCAAGCUCCUGCUUUUUGCGUGUCCUGGACUUUGUGGACCUUCUACAAGCUUGUCCUCUCUGCUGCUGAGCUCCCUCCUACCUUCCCCUCUCCUCAUGGCCGUCGUCACCACAGAGAGCAAAGACUUGAAAGGGGCGGAGUCAACGUUUCCACCCCAUCAGCACAAGGCAAUCAAAAAAAAAAAACACACAAAAAAAAAAAAUCAAAAAUCCCCUGCAAGAAAGAGAGAACUUAUACCAAAAUGUACAAA